AUGAAUAAUAAUUCGAUUGUCGACCUUACCAUCUCUUCCCCGCCGUCGUCAGUGGGCCAAAGCUCAUCGAACAUGUAUGUUCAUCGGCCGAGGAGUGAGUUACCGUUCGAUGCCCCAGAGGGCUCUAGAUCUCUUAAACGACGUCGACUAGAUGAUUCUUCCGUCGCUGGGCCUUCAUCUCAUACACCCCAUCAGAAUCACCAGCCCAGAAUCUCAGAGAAUGACCCAAAUAUCGAAUCGAUCGACCUCACAGAAGUGAAUGAUAAGUCAUCAUUGGCGAAAGCUCUCUUAAAACGACGUGAAGAUGCUGCGAAGUCAGAGCAUACAUCUGUCGAUGUGGGCAGUCGAUCAGCUCUGGCAGCAUAUAAAUGUCCUGACACCUUUUCUGCCAUAAAUGCAUUGUCGAUACGCUUCGAUUUGGCGAGGAAAGAGCGGCUCAUGAUGGACAUGGGAAAACACCUCGUGGCAGAUGUCCCGUCUGUCGGCAAGCACUCUCUCGAUUAG